CGACAUUGGUGUUCAGUCGCCCGGCCCGCCGUCAACAUGUUUGGCAUCCUGGGUGCCCGCGACCGCAGCGACGGCACCGAGGAAUAUGCCUCGUUCGAAGAGCUCUUCGCGGCGCUGAAGACGCGCAUGCAAAAAGAUGGGUACAAGGUCGUCAAGUCGCGUACCCAUCGCAACAAGGUCGGCGGCACCUACGAGAAAGGAAGUGAGGUCGUCAGAUGUGAUCUCGUUUGCGACCGCGGCGGGCAGCCUUACAAAUGCACGGCGACGCAGCUGAAGACAUCCACCAAGAAGACCAAUUGCCCUUGGAAGGCCAAGGCCGUCAAUCGUAAGACGCUGGGGAAAUGGAUCUUGACGAUCAUAUGUAGCGAACAUAACCAUGAGGCGCGCACGCCUGAUCCGCCGACCGAUGAAGAGGAUGCGGAUGCGGAAGGAGAUGCCGACGUCGUCCAGGACGUAUCAGUUGUCCCAGAAGUGCAGAGCUCUGGUCCGGCGCCAGAUCCUACAACAGCCGCUCUCCUGCUCAUGGUGGGAGCCGCUCCCAAUACGAUGCGACUUACCGGCGAGACCUUUCACAACUUUAAGUCGGAGUACCGCAAGAUGUCGAAACCUGAACGCCUGGGUAUACUAUCCCAGAUGCAACUGCGCAUCGCAGCCAUAUACGCCGUCGAGAACGAGGAUAUGCAGAGACAAGAAAGGCAGGCCAGACAGGAGAAAAAGCAUCAGGAAAUCGAAGAGAGUCGACGCAAGUCGCAAAGCACACAACAGCCGCAGCAGCAGGCACCACAGCAACAACUGCCGCAACCGCCGCAGCAGCAGCAGCAACAGCAACAGCAACAGCAACAGCAACCUCCUCAGCCGCAGCAACAACAGCAGCAGCAGCAGCAUCAGCAAGUGCAGCAUCAGCAAGUGCAGCAUCAGCAAGUGCAGCAUCAGCAAUAUCAACAACAUCCACAACAGCACCAGCAGCAACAAGUACAGAAUCAUAAUCUUAACCACAACCACGGCCAUAAUCACAACCGGGUUCAGCAGCAGAUGAACCAGAUGUCUCGGGAUGGUAUGGCCGGUAUGCCCAAGCACCCGUUCGAGCAGACGGCCCACGAUGAGCAUGCGCAGUAUAGAGACCGACAAGCUGAGAUCGAGGAGCGCAACCAGAGGACGAUGCAGAUGCGCGGGCAGCACCUUAACAACUCUUUCCAGCAGCAGAAUGCUGUCCAACAGACGCCCAUUCCUGUGCCCCAAUUCGGCAUGCAGUCAGCCCAAGGCCAGCCGCAAGUGUUCCAUCAGUACACUGCGACGCCUACGAACAACGCAAUGCCAAAGGGGGCGGCAGGCGGCUCGCCGGCCACGGGCUCAAAGAGGCGUGGCCGGCCGAAGAAGACAGCCAUGGACCAGAGCCUCGAUGCCAGCCUUCACAUGGGAAGAUAGUCGACCGCUUGCAUUGUUGGUCGUCGGAGGAAUAUGGAGGGAGUGUAUGUGACGAGUUUGAGAAGGACUCAGUGUGUGUAAUGUGUAAGAGGGUUACGGCAUACCCUACCGGACGGAGGAACUGGGGCAUGGCGUUUAUAAGGAUACCAGCGCAGCAAGCUGACCCGGACAUACUUAUUUUUCUUCUCGCUGAAAAAGCACAGUUCCGGGAGAGAGCUGCCAGGAUGGCUCUCGGAGUUUGUUCAUCGUCUGAAUUGGGUGUCAUUUUUAUCUUAUCAAUGCUCGCACUAACAGAAGACAUAUUGUUUCUCCACUUGCAAA